AUGGGAGGCACCGACUGGCAAGAAGCCCAACACCCAUCAGGAAGUGGUUCUGGCUUAAUUGCCGCCUGUAUCAUUCUAUCUGUCAUUCAGAUAUUGUUUGUCGCCGCACGAUUCUAUACUCGCUUCAUGCAAAAAGCCCGUUGUGGAGCUGAUGACUACGUGAUGCUCGUCGCCUUGACUGGAAGCCUGACAAGGGCGGUCAUGUACAUCGUCUUGGCUGAGGAAGCAGGUCUUGGUUACCAUAUGGACGAGCUCACUCGCCCCAACCAAGACAUGACUCUCAUAAGAAAGGGCUUUGUCAUUCUUGAAAUACUCGACUUCCCCUUCACAGUCACCCCAGCCAAAAUCUCUCUCUUACUCUUCUACAUGCGCAUCUUCGACACAAAGAAAUUCCACAUCAUUGCCUAUUCUAUCGGAGCUCUAGUGCUCGGACUGGGUAUCACUGUCUUCUUCGAGACUAUCUUCCAAUGUACACCAAUUCAACAUGGGUGGUCUCAUGAUGUCCCGGGAACAUGUAUCGACCAAACUACCUUCUACCGCGCCGUGUCUCCCGUCAAUAUUGCAACCGGAUUAAUGAUCAUGGCCCUGCCAAUUCCUUUCAUCUGGAAACUACAUGCGCCGAGAUCACAAAAGAUCGCUCUUACUUGUGUUUUUCUUUUAUCUGGAUUGGGAACUGUUGUCAGUAUUCUCAGAGUGGCCAUCUACUUCACAAGCAUCAGAUCUCAGCUCAGCGACGUAACCUGGUUCUCAAUCAAACUAGGAGUCCUCACCGUCGUCGAGGGCGCAAUAAUAAUAAUCGCUACCUGUCUCGUCAGCAUCUGGCCCCUAGUGAUCAAAUGCAUCCCCAACACUCUCCUCUCAAAACUCUCCUGCUGCGCAAAACGCAAUCACCACAUCUACCACCACCAGCAAUGGUACGUGCAUUCCGUUAGAGAGCAACCGAAAACCAGCAGAGAUCAACUUGCGCCUUCCAUAACGAGCUCUCUUGAAGAAAGCUGGGGCAGUCGGCCUUCUUCUUUGGCGGAAUUAGAAGAUCAGCGAUUAUUCGGCAAUGAUGUUGAUCUUCGACAGCACCCAUUGGUUUUGUAUGAAGUGCAUAUCACGGCUGGUGAUGCAAAAGUUUAA